AUAACGCCUCGCACGUGCUCUUCAAAACCCCAACCCCAAGCCGCCUGCCCCUUUAUAUAAAUAUCUUCUCUUCACUCUCUAUUUCUUAUUUGAAGUAGAAAAACGAAACUUCUAUUUGGAUACGUGUUUAACUCUUAUAUUCUUCCAAGCUAAGCUUUCGCACCAUGUCGGUUAAAACUGUCAAAGUCAGCAAUGUUUCUCUGGGAGCAACUGAGAGAGACAUCAAGGAAUUUUUUUCAUUUUCUGGUGACAUUGAAUAUGUUGAAAUGCGGAGUGACACUGAACGAUCUCAAAUCGCAUAUGUAACCUUCAAAGAUUCACAAGGAGCUGAAACAGCAGCUCUCCUUUCGGGAGCAACAAUUGUUGAUCUGUCUGUCACCAUAACUCCGGAUCCAAGUUACGUGCUUCCCCCCGCUGCUUCAGCAGCUCUUGGAACAGAAAAUAAAAAUGGUGGUGCUGAAUCUGCUUUGCGGAAGACAGAGGAUGUGGUCAGUACCAUGCUUGCUAAGGGAUUUAUAUUAGGCAAAGAUGCUGUCAAUAAAGCAAGGACUUUUGAUGAGAAGCACCAAUUGACCUCAACAGCCUCAGCUAAAGUUUCUUCUUUUGACAAAAAAAUUGGGCUCAGUGAGAAGAUCAGUGUUAGCACUACUAUUGUGGGUGAUAAAGUCCGGGAGGUUGAUCAGAAGUUCCAGGUUUCAGGAAAAACCAAAUCAGCACUUGCAGCUGCUGAGCAAAAAGUCAGUAGUGCUGGGUCUGCCAUGAUGAAAAACCGCUAUGUAUUUGCGGGGGCAUCGUGGGUGACAGGGGCUUUCAAUAAGGUUGCAAAGGCUGCUGGGGAUGUUGGCCAGAAGGCAAAAGAGAAAGUGGGAAAGGCUGAAGUAGCUGAAGAAGAACAAAAACAAAAAAUGAUGGAUGAUUAUGUCCAGAUUCACCAUUCGGAGCCUCCAAAAGCAUGGGUGCAACCGAGUGAGCAGCAGCAGCCGCCUUCCAAGCCAGGACCUCCACCAGCACAAGGUUUGGUCCUCUAAUUUGUAAAUAGGCUGCAACAUUUGGAACUCUUUGAUUUACUUUGUUUUGUUAUACUGUUAUGGAGUGGUGAAUGUAGGACAGAUUGUUAUGAUUACAUUAUAGGGAUGUGCUUGCAUGAAUGUCUUGACUUUUUUAUUUUUCAAAUAUUAAUAAAUCAUGUUAUUUGUAUAA